AUGUUUAAGUUCAGUGUGCCCAUAUCUUCAAAAAUAAAACAAAAAAAAAAAUUUAUUGAAAUAUCAAAGAGAUUUAGAUAUGCACUUCUAGAAUAUUAUACGAGUUUUAAAAAGCAUGAUUAUACCACAGAUACACAUCGUAAAUGUAGAGGACUGAACUACUUUUUAGAUGAUUUAAGAGAUGAAUUCAAUAAACACAUUGUUCCUUUAUUGUCUCCAAGUAAAAGAGAAAACUACUGGAACAAAGAAGUGGAAAAUAAAUUGUUGAAGGAUUUACAAACAAAAACUGGAAAUAGUUGCGCAAGAAAUGCUAUUAGUUAUAAUAAAGAAAUAAGAAUAUUAAGAAAAGAAAUAGAAGACUAUUGUGAUGAAAGAGAUGAAUUAAUUGGCACACUGAGUUCUCUAAGUAUAAAUGAACACGAAAAAUGUGAAAGAUUUAGAUAUUGGAUGGUUGACAGCUUGGUGUAUUUUUGGAAUGACUAUUACUGGAGAAAAUAUAUUACAUAUAGAUCUAUGAUUGAACCCCUUUUCAUUGAAAAUAAUGGUAUGGUGUCACCUGGUUGA